AGAACAGCCUGCCUGCUUAUUUCGCACAAAAUCUUUUAGCUCUCUCUCAAAUCCAUAGUAACACCACCGCCACUUAAAAAACUGUGGGCACCGUGGCUAUAUCCAGCCAUCAACCAAACCAAUUGAUCAAUCAAUCAAACCAUGGUGGAGCAUUGGUUUGAGAUUGUGCAGAUUGUGUGGGUGGGAUUGUUUUGUUUGGGAGGAUGGGCGACUCAUGCCUUGGUAAUGAUGUACGCCACUCGAGUGGUUCCGUUGAUGGAGGAUCUUCCAGAUCCUUCGGAUGAUCAAGACAAAGACGACCAAGACAAACAAGACAAACGGUGGCCUCGCUUGAGCGUGAUUGUUCCCGCGUGCAAUGAAGCCGAGACGAUUGAAAAGGCGCUCGAGACACUGGCGUUAGUAGAGUAUCCCAAUUUGGAAAUCAUUGCCAUUAACGAUCGGUCGACGGAUGCCACGGGAGACAUUAUAAAUCGCGUGGCCUCGGCAGCAACGCAAGGACGCAUCACGCCUCUGCACAUUGACACCUUGCCGGACGGUUGGUUGGGAAAAGUCCAUGCGCUGCAUCAAGGCAUUCAACACUGCUCGCCGGAAACCGAAUGGAUUUUGCUGACCGAUGCCGACGUCCAUUUUCAACCCACAUGUCUCAAAAAAGUGCUGGCAUUUGCGUGCGACCAAGAAUUGGAUUUUGUCACGGCAUUGCCCGAUGUGCAGACAAACAACCACUUUUGGCUUCGAGUUACCAUUAUUGCACUGGGAGAAAUCAUGGGCAUUUCCGGCAAGUUCUGGGAGGUCCAUGACCCCAACUCGAAAGCAUUUGCCGGAGUGGGACCGUUCAAUCUCAUGCGCAAAACGACCUAUGACAAGUCCAAAGGAAUGGAAUGGUUGAAAAUGGAAGUAUCCGAGGAUGUUGGUGUGGGGCUGCUCAUGAGACUCGUGGGUGCCAAAAUGGCCAUGUUCAAUGCCCGUAAUGAAAUUUUGUGGACAUGGUAUCCCAGUUUGGGUGCAAUGGUGAGAGGAUUGGAAAAGAAUUUGUUCUCGCUCAGUGGAUUCCAAUAUAUGCCCACGACAAUUGUCGCCUUGCUGUUGAUCAUGACAGCCAUUGCUCCCGUAUUUGCCUUUGUGCCAUUCCACAUUCCCUGGUUGCAAUGGUGUGGUGUGGCAAUAUUGGUCUUGCAUUGUAUAUACGGUGUCGUCUACAGUCGAUGGCUCAAUUUCAAUCCCCUUGCCGGGAUUUUUCUGUUUCUGGGUAAAAUCAUAGUGGCCGGCAUGUUCUUCAAUGCCAUGUGGCAAUUUCGAAAACGUCAAGGCAUCCUGUGGCGCGGUACUUUCUAUCCUCAUGACUUGCUGCAAGAGGGAAGUCGCGUGUCCCGAUUCAAAGUCUUGUUGAAAGAAGAAGAGAAACAACAAAAGACUACUGAUGGCGACGAGAAACCAACAGAUCCCUGAGAAAAGAGUUUGGCGGAGGCGUUUUUGGGUGGAACAGCUCUGUGGUUCUGUAUAGCAUGUUCUCAAACUGGAGGAAUGCCCCUUGCUCUACCUGAGCAACCACACCUGAGCAAUCAACUUUCUUCUUUGCACAUUCCUCUCCACACUUUGUCGCUUUCUUUGAGUGCACGAUUCUCCUACAUGUACAACUAUACGGUAGCGAGCAGUUGUUCGUUGCUCGAUCAACGGAUUUCGAAACGCCACGUUUCGGGACGCAAAGAUCGAUGUCCAUGCGACCAAAAAGCGCCAGAUGCAUGUAACGUUUCAAUCGAGUGGACUAACACUGCUAACGAAAAGGUCGAUGUUGCAUGCCAUACCAGCACAUCGAACAGCACCCGAUCGGCACCUCGAAAAAUGUCACAGAGCCUCCUCGAGAAACCAGCAAAGUAUAGUCCAGUUUAAAUCCUAUAGUUCGAAGUGUCUUGGAGCUGAUUCUCUUUGGGGCAUCUUAAGAUCAA